GAGCUCAUAUCUCAUUCAAAUGCAAGAAAAGAAAAUUGGGUACUAGAUUUAUACAGAAAGUUGUGGUAAUUAUUUGUUCUGUGCUAGAUUUACUCCUCAAGAUUCCUCCAGUGCAAGACAGACAUAAACUCAUAUUUAUAUAUGGAACCAACUGUGGAAGUAGAAGAUGAUGUUUUCUUUGCAGAUUUAAGCAAGCGAAUCUCUCUUCUGAUCAUGGAUGAUGAUGACGACUCGCUUCAUGAAAAUUUUCCAUCUGUUACUUCACAGGCCUUCACUCAGGCAAUCCAUCCAGCCACUCAAAUGCCAGUUCUUCAUCAGAAGACAUGCACAAGAGAAUGUAAAGGGACUGGUGUUUUUAUUCCACUUUCUUCUCAUCAAAGAAGGAAGAAUAGGCAGGAAAAACAUAUUAAAUUCCACAGGCAUUCCGAUAUCUCAAGAGGGCUUCCUGACGUCGCUUACAAUAGAAAUAACAAUAACACGCCAAAUGAUUCACUUAACCCUAGAAGAUUUUAAUUAUUACACUAUUUAUUUGCUCUCCGAAGUCUACAACUCAAAAAGGCAAAGAUAUUUAAGAAUAUUUAAAUGACUGCGUAUAAAGAAAGGUGUAUUGAUUUUUGCCUCUUGUAGUGAAAUUGAAUGAUGAU